GCGCUUUGCGGUAUAACCAUUGCAAAACUCGAUUUCCUUGUGUAACACUUUAAUGCGAUGAAGUGUUGAGUACUGCACGAUCAAAGAGUUGAAAAAAUGGCCAAAAGAUCUGAUUUGGCAGGAUUUCUGAAAGGCCUGGAAUACAUCACAAGAGCUGUGAUAGAGACUCAGGGGCCAGAGAUAAAACAAGCAUGGAAGAACAGCAGUCUAAAAACUGCAGCAGAAAAUGUUUUGGCAAAAUCCCAGACUGUUGUUCAGGAUGUAGCUUCUAACCAAAGCAACAUGCCGAAAGUGAUUAAAGACAAGACAGUAAUGAUGGCAAGACAAGCUUCCACAGUGGCUAGAACCCUAAGGACAAAUGCUCCAUCUAUGUCUGCUCCAUUUAUGGACAACAAUGUAGCAGACUUAGACCUGUCAAGUGACUUCAGCAAAGCACUGGGUGUGAACGAGGAAGCUUUCAAGGAAAUAGAUUUUGUGGAUGGUGAAGAAAAUCUCUCAAAGACAACGAGUUCCAAGGUGGGCAAAAAGCCACCAUCAAAGACUAUACUGAAAGACAUUUUGGAAAAUACAAAGACAGUAAAAACAGCAAAAUCCAGUGUUAAAACUGAGUCUGUAUUUAAACCUGAGUCAUUGACUGAGUCAGAGCAUGUUUUUGAGUCAGUCAAGGAAGAUCCAAUUAAAAAAACAGUCAAGACACCAAAACGACCACCAUUAUCCUCAUUCAAAUCUGCACCAAAGUUAAGUGAAACUGCUAAAGAGAGAAAAGUGCCAUCAUCAAGAUUUGGCAGAGUUGCAAAUUUUGGAGGUUUAUUUGUGGGCCUGGGUGUAGGUGCUCUGUCAGAGGUCACAAAGAGAGGACUGGGGCUAAAGAAACAAUCAGCAAACAACAAUGCAAGUUUGAUUGGAGAGAACCCAUUUCUGACAGAAGAGAAUGCAGAGCGUAUUGUAGAUAGACUGUGUCGAGCUAGAGGGGCUGCUCUGAAGCUGGGACAGAUGAUCAGCAUACAAGACAAUUCAUUCAUUGACCCCAAAAUUCAAAAGAUCUUUGACCGUGUCCGACAAAGUGCAGAUUUCAUGCCUACUUGGCAAAUGAAAAAAGUUCUGCGGGGUGAAUUCGGAGAUGACUGGCAGGAUAAAUUUGACCAUAUUGAUGACAUCCCUUUUGCUGCUGCUUCCAUUGGACAGGUUCAUAAAGGGAAGCUAAAAGAUGGUACAGAAGUAGCCAUGAAAAUCCAGUACCCAGGUGUGGCAACCAGUAUAGAAAGUGACAUUAACAAUUUAAUGACUGUCUUGAAGAUAUGGGAUUUGUUUCCUAAAGGUGUGUACAUUGAUGACCUAAUGAGAGUCACAAAGAGAGAAUUGAACUGGGAGGUUGAUUAUGAAAGAGAGGCCAAAUGCAGUAUUAAAUUCAAAGAGUUACUAAAGGACCACCCUCUAUUAGAAGUUCCCGCUGUGGUACCUGAGCUGAGCUCUAGGCAGGUGUUAACCACAGAAUUUGUAGAGGGUAUACCACUGGAUCAGUGUGCUGAACUGGACCAAGAAACCAGAGACCAGAUAUGUACAGAAAUUUUAGACCUCUGUCUGACAGAAUUAUUUGACUGGAAAUUUAUGCAAACUGAUCCAAACUGGGCCAACUUUUUCUACAACCCAGACACUGGAAAGCUGAUCCUGUUAGACUUUGGAGCCAGUAGAAGCUUUUCUGCUAAGUUUGUGGAUGAUUAUAUACGGAUUAUCAAGGCAGCAUCUGAGGGGGACAGAGAAGGUGUCAAACAUUGGUCAGUGGAGUGUGGCUUCCUCACAGGAUAUGAAACCAAGACAAUGGAGACUGCCCAUAUUGAUGCUGUCAUGAUUCUUGGAGAAGCCAUGGCCAAGGAUGAAAAGUUUGAUUUCGGGACCCAAAGUGCAACCAUGCGUAUCUUUAAUCUUGUUCCAGUGAUGGCUAAACAUAGACUCACGCCUCCACCCCACGAGACAUACUCCCUUCAUCGGAAAAUGUCUGGAUCUUUCUUAAUAUGUACUAAACUCAAUGCUAAAGUCAACUGUAAGAGAUUGUUUGACAACAUUUUUGCCCGAUAUGAAUUUGGAAAGGAAUGUGAAUUCUGGCAGGACUAAAUUUUAUCAGAUUUAUUAUUCUUAAAGGCAUGAAUGAAUAUUUAUUGACUGACUGCUAUUAGAUAUACUGUGCAUGUAAUGCAGAGCUUGCAGUUUGUAGAUGUUACUGAUGCAUAAAAAAGAAAAAUGUUAUAUAUUUAAUUUGCUUUUUUUCCCUCGUACUCUGAAUUGCUAUAAUUUCACAUGAAUUCUACAAAUUCUUGCAUACAUUAAGACAAGAGACUUCUGAAUAAAAACAUUAAAUGUAGAGUACAUGUAUAUAUGGAGGGAAAUC